AUGUUGUUAGCCAGCGGGCCCCUUGUGCUGGUACCCGGCCCGACCCGGCCCAUCCUGAUGCCGUCAACCAAGCUUGCCAGCCAAGUUUAUCCUUCCAGCAUCAAGAGAUUAACGAUGCGAUCUAAAUGGCAAGACCCCAAAAACAGACGAAAAGUGUUCAAUGGGCUCGAUGGGAAGCGGCUGGCCAAUCUUAAGGAUGUCGCAACGCUCAUCAACACCGGUCAAGUUGAGAAUAUUAUCGUCAUGGCUGGUGCAGGAAUAUCGACGAGCGCUGGAAUACCCGAUUUCCGCUCACCCGAGACCGGAAUUUAUGCUAAUUUGGAAAAAUACGACCUGCCUUACCCUGAAGCUAUCUUUGACAUCGACUACUUCAAACAAAACCCAGCACCGUUCUAUACGUUGGCCAAAGAGUUAAACCCGAAGAACUAUAUACCGACCAAAACGCACCAAUUCUUUAGAUUGUUGGAGAUCAAAAACAAAUUGAAGAAAUGCUUUACUCAGAAUAUCGAUACUCUGGAACGCUUGGCUGGUCUUUCUGAUCAUUUGAUCGUCGAGGCACAUGGCUCAUUUGCUAGCAGUCAUUGCAUAGAAUGCCGCGCUGAAAUGUCCGAUGAUCAGUUCAUGAGUCAACUCGAUCAGAUCCACUCGCCUGAUCCUCUUGUAGUAAAGUGUCCUGGAAAGAGGUGUCUUGGAAAACCCACUGCUUUGGUCAAGCCCGACAUUGUCUUUUUUGGAGAACAGUUACCGAAAAAGUUUUUUGAUAGUCUUACGGACUUCGAGGAAGCGGAUCUGUUGAUAGUCAUGGGAACCUCACUCCAAGUGCAGCCAUUUGCGAGUCUGAUCUCGACUGUGCCGAUUAACUGUCCCCGGCUACUGAUUAAUCUUGAGCCGGUUGGCGAGAUCGGUCGACGGGGAGGUGGAGCUGAUCAUGGAGGCUUUGAUUUCGAAGGCGUCCACAGGGGUGGAAAGGAGUUCAUUCGAGACGUCUUGGUGCUUGGUAGCGCAGAUGAUGGGGUCGAGGAGCUAUCCGACUUGCUCGGUUGGAAGGACGAAUUACUCGACUUGUAUGACCCAAGACGCAAACUCCAACCCCACGUAGAAGGUCUGAACAAAACAAGUCGGGAAGACGCAUCGGAAGUCGGGGCUAUUGGAGAACAGGGCGAGACUCAGAGGGAGGAAACAGUCUUAGAUCCAAAAGAUGAUGAGGGUCAAGUUCCUCCGGAGACGAGGUCCCAUGUUCUUGACUUGAUGCCGUCUUCAUCCUCUCUAGCCAACUCUACACCACCUAAUAAUCAAGACUCCGGCAACCCGGCCGGUCAACUUCCCUCGCCAGUCGACCCCUCUCAACCUCAAGCAGAUCGUGAUGAUAGUCAGAAACUUGAAAAAAAUAUUGACCAACUUACAGCUACCGUCACUCGCUUGGAAAUCUGUGAGAGGAAGACUUGA